UACGUUGUGUGUGUGCGCUUGUGUAGGGCGGGAAUGAUGGGCGUGCCUCAGCAUCUUUGUAUGAAAGCCAUGUGCGAGACCAAAGAGAGCCACAAGAAGCAGCUUUACGCACAAGGACACUUGUUAUUUUGGUGAUAGCCUUAACUUUCUUGCAAAAGAAGAAAUGCAGCUGCUCCAGACUUUGGCUCCCUGGUUGCUGUUGGUCUUCCUCGGACAGCAGGUCUCUGUGUCCUCUGGUGCGCGCAAUAAGAACCGAGACGCGGACAAAACCGUGACCUCAGCCCCCGGCAGAGCGCAGAGGAGCGGCAACAAGUCCCCAGCGACUGGCCGGGGAAAGUUCGACAUCAAUAAAGACAAGAUGAAGUGCGCGUGGAGGGCUCGCGACGUCGGGGACACGGUCAGGGUGUCAGUCAAAUGCGAGAACCCGGAGGCACGCAUCAAAGGUGGAACCACCGACGUCGAGUGUGAUUACAACGGCAAACCUCAGCGCUGUCCGGGCUACCAGUCCGACCCGAAGGGCUUCUGGAAACAGGUGGCACGCGCGUUCAAAAGGCUGCAAGGUAAAGCGUGCCAUGAUGAGCACGCGCUUGUGAGGGCUGGCAUGUGUAAGCGCGCGCCCCGGGAUGCGCACUUCAAGCUUGAUAUCUCCAGCUCCGUGGCCUCUGCUCAGUCAGGAGGAAUGUCUGAGGACCUCCAGCCCCCCCGACCCCCCCGACCAACUAAAUCCUCUCCGUACAGACCAACAGCCUGCACAGGGGGCGAGCAGCAGAGGAGAAAGGCGGAGGAGAACUGUGGCAAAUGGGCCAGUUUGUGCACGUUCUUCUUCUCCAUGCUGCAAAGUGACGACUGUUGAAGUCUCAAAAUGUGGGGUUGUGGACAUGAUCAGACUGAUGCACGAUUCAUUUCAGGACUUAUUGUGGUGACACAUCAACAUCUGACGACAAAUCUGUUGAUAAUGAUACACAUACACAAACAUGACAUAUAGGCUACUCAUUCAGAUGUUGGUAUUAUCAGGUACUCAUGAGGUGUUUUUAACCAAUCUGAACAGGAAUAACCAUUAUUAAUAUUUCCAUUGAGUGCAGUAAUUUAUCACCAGCAGUUAAAGUAACUCUUUCCUAUACUGUCGUUUAUACAUUUUGGGGCACUUGUGUUUUAUUUGAGUAUUUCCAUUUAUUGUUUUUUUUGUUUUUUUUGCCAAUUAUAAAGCACUUGUCACUGUUCAGAUUUUAAUGUUCCUCCAAAACACGUGAUGAGAUCAUAACAUUUUAAUUUUUACAUGUGAAAUAAUCAUAAGCACAUCAUUUUGAAAGCUCAACUAAAAGGCCAUUGGCACAUAAAUACUUAAGUAACAAUAAUGCAUUACAGUAGUAAACGGAUUACUUUUGACACUUGAAGUAAAAUUUGCUUCGUUUUAUUGCUUUAAUCAUACGUAUUAGACACUACAGCAGUAUUUCAUGAGAAAACAGACAUUCAAACCACCCAGACAGAAAAUGAAUGUUGCUCUGAAAUGCUUUCAAAGUUUUGCAGCUUCAGGACACUGACGACAGAGAACUUAAGUAAAAGUUGAUCUUGUUUUUACAGGGAACAGAUUAUUAUUUUCAAAGUGUGUUUUUUUAAUACUCAAACAACCCGGGUACUUCUUUCACUUAAUGUGUUUAUCACGUAGAACUUAAGGCUGAUUAUGAUUUAAGCAGAGUGGUACUUUCUUCUACCUCUAGUUAUUGAUCGACCUUGUAAACAUCACUGUAUUUAUGCACCACAAAUAAAUAUUUUCUAUUAACAGAA